AUGUCCGACAAGCUUACACGUAUUGCCAUUGUCAGCAAUGACAAGUGCAAGCCAAAAAAAUGCCGUCAAGAAUGCAAAAAGUCCUGCCCAGUCGUACGGACCGGCAAGCUCUGUAUCGAAGUUGCUCCCGAGUCAAAAAUUGCUUUCAUCUCGGAACGUCUAUGCAUAGGAUGUGGUAUCUGUGUCAAGAAGUGCCCCUUCAGCGCCAUCAACAUCAUCAAUCUGCCUACGAACCUUGAAUCGCAAGUGACUCACCGCUACUCGGCGAAUAGCUUCAAGCUACAUCGGCUGCCUAUGCCACGACCAGGGCAGGUUUUAGGCUUGGUGGGAACCAACGGAAUUGGAAAGAGUACUGCGUUGAAGAUCCUCAGCGGCAAGUUGAAGCCCAAUCUGGGUCGAUACGAAGAUCCGCCAGACUGGGAAGAGAUCUUAAAAUACUUUCGAGGGUCUGAGCUUCAGAACUACUUUACCAAAGUACUGGAAGAUGACCUUAAGGCUGUUGUUAAGCCUCAGUAUGUCGAUCAACUGCCGAAAGCUGUCAAAGGUCCCGACAGGACAGUAGAGGCUUUGUUGAAAGCACGUAACCAAAUGGACAACAUUCAGGAGAUUAUGGACGUUCUGGAAUUGAACCAAGUGAGCGAUCGAGACAUCAAUCUCCUGUCUGGUGGAGAGCUUCAACGGUUCGCAAUAGGAGUUGUUUGCGUCCAGCAAGCCGAUGUUUACAUGUUCGAUGAGCCGUCCUCUUAUCUCGAUGUUAAACAGCGUCUUAGCGCCGCUAGGACCAUUCGCAAGCUGCUACGUCCAGAUGACUACGUGAUUGUCGUGGAGCACGACCUGUCUGUUCUCGACUAUCUCUCCGACUUUAUCUGCGUUCUCUAUGGCAAGCCUGCGGUUUACGGUGUCGUCACACUGCCUGCGUCGGUCAGAGAAGGGAUCAAUAUCUUCCUGGACGGCAACAUUCCUACUGAGAAUUUACGUUUCCGCGAGGAGGCUCUCACCUUCCGUAUUGCCGAAGUUGGAGACGAGUAUCUGGCCGACAAAGCCAUGAGCUAUAGCUACCCAUCUAUGGAAAAGACCCUCGGCGGUUUCCACCUGAGCAUCGACGCCGGCAAGUUCACCGACUCGGAGAUCAUAGUCAUGAUGGGAGAAAACGGCACAGGAAAAACGACCUUCUGCAGAAUGCUCGCCGGCGCCGAGAAGCCUGACGGUAGAAAUUCCGUACCACCAAUGAACAUAUCUAUGAAGCCUCAAAAGAUCACCCCCAAGUUCACAGGCACAGUCCGCCAGCUCUUUUUAAGAAGAUCAAAGCCUCUUUCUUAA